GUAUGUCAAACAAAGCGGAGGUUAAUCUAACUGGAGUCAAACAAAGCAAAGGCGUGUGGCUUGUUAAGGUUCCCAAGUAUUUAUCUGUGCAAUGGGACAAGGCCACAGAAAAGCGAGAAGUUGGAAAGAUUACCAUCGGAAAGAAACAAGGCAAAACAGACGUAUGUUUCACUCUGAAUGAGGAUCUGACUACCCUGGGCUAUGUGGGGGACAAGGAUGCAUCGCUGAAGGUCCCGAGAGUCCACCCCUUCACUAUGCACACAGCGGGAGGACAGACCUUGGCCAUCUUCAGUCAGAGCGACACAGAUGGCCUCAGUCUGGAGGGGAUGGUGGUGCACAGAGCUGAAUGCAGACCGGUCGUCAACGACGACUACAUGAGGCUGAAGAAGCUGCAGCUUAAAGAGUCCACGAAGCCUCAGCGUUUGUCACAGCAGCUGGAGAAAGCGGUCACGACCAUCUUCAAGCCUGUGGCCAACCACGACUUCAAUCUGGAGCACGAGAAGAAGAAGAAGUCGGACGGGAAAAUGGUGAGAGCUGAGCGGCAGAUCGUGUUGGACAUGCUCUUCUCCGCCUUUGAGAAGCACCAGUACUACAACAUUAAGGACUUAGUGGACAUCACCAAACAACCUGUUACGUACCUGAAGGAGAUCGUGAGGGACAUCGGGGUGUACAACAGCAAAGGGGCUCACAAGAGCACCUGGGAGCUGAAGCCAGAGUACCGGCACUACCAGUCUGCUGAGGAAGAGGAGAUGCAAAACGCCUGA